GGACAUGUGGAAGCCAGUCCGACGCACACACUCACGCCACAAAGUAGCAUAGCACAGCAGUAUGUAGUCGAGAGUCAGCCGGUCGAACGAACAAACGCGACUCGCAGAAAACAGCCAACGAUCGACGCGUUUCUUUUGGUUUUUUUCUUCACGUGCAGUGAGGUUCUUGUUUUUAAGGUGUCUCGUUUUUUUUCGCGAUACAUUUUUUUUUAUCAUUAACUAGAACGAUUUGAGUAAGGAGUAUUAUUUCUUAUCCAAUUUAAAAAUAAACGAUUCAUACUUUAAUCAGAUUAUUACUUAUCACCCAUUUUUACUUUCACUUACAUUUUGAUUAAAUUUUAUUAACAUUUUUGGUCAUUACCUUGAAUUGUAAAUUUUCCUUUGUGGAAUUUUAUAAAGGAAUGUAUUCUUAGAUGAGAUGUGUAUGAUGCAGACGACCUUGCGACCUAUUCUUAAUAAACAAACACCAUUUAUCUCAUCCAAUUUAGAGCAAUCAUAGAUACUGAUAUCAUCUCUAUAAAUUCCAACUCUAAUUAAUCAAUUAAUUAUUGAGCGAAGAGAUGGUGGUCAGUGAAAGUACUUCUUUCUAGUUAGUAGUUUUCGAACCUUAUUUAUGUUUUAUUGAUUAUCAUAAAACAAAUGUGCGCCGUUCUUGUAACGCAUGCAAUAUGCAUCACUAACUUUCUUCUAUCAACUGGAAUGUGUUUAUUUUUGGACUUUAAUCAGGAUGUAAAAGAGACUACUAUCGCAAUAUCCUUCUGAUGAUAAGAACAUAAAUAUUUCAUUGUGUUAUCAAUGCACAACACAUAAAACGAAAUAAAUUGAGACGAAUUAAAAGUUACUAUGAAUUAUGAUUAAUCAAAAUCCCAAAUAUUAAAAAAUUUCUUUAUCAAAACAUAAGGUAGAUAAGAGAUUUCACCACAACUUCCUUAUGGAAAAAAAGUAAGUUGAAUCAUAACUUAUUUUUUAUAUUUCUAAACGUAAACUGUAUUUUUGCCAAAACACCACCAUCUAAAAAAAGCUUCAGCCGAACAUUUCUAUAUUUAAAUCAAUCUAGUUAAGUUUUCGUGAACUGAAUCGAAGUAAAAAAGAAAGAACAAAACCAAAACCGGUCGGAAAAUAAAUAAUUCGCGAUUUUCUAACAGUUUUUUCAAACAGACUUUCUCGUCGCCGUCGUCGUCGUACUUUCAUCAUGUUGAGGAGGAGUGUUUGAAAUCGGGCACGGUUUAAAAGCAUUGCAUCGAUGAUAAGAAAUAUUGAGGGUUAUCAGUGUUUAUCCGUAUCUCGAACUGCGAACAUCAAAAUUCCUGGGAAUUAAUAUAAUUAUUAUUAAAAAAAAAAAUUAGUGAUGUGCCAAAAAUAGUGACAGCAAUUUAAUUUUCUUCUCAACUAAAAUGAGUGACUCUGAGUAUGAAGUUCAAGAUUUAGACUAUGACAUGUGGGAGGGGCAAUUUGAAUUUUUGGGCCCCCUCAAUCAUCAAAACGUCCAACCUCACGGUUUACUCAAACCACCACCUUUCAUGCCUCAUCAAACCAACGGAAUUAAAAAAACUUCAGCUCAUGUAUGGUGUGAUGAUGUUAAUGAUAAAAUGCAACUGCUGCAACAGCAAGUCGGUGUCCUUCAGGAUUCUUCACUACAAAAUGAUGAAAGAUACACAAGAGUUAAAGCAGAAAAUGCAGCAUUACAAGCUAGGGUGAACAUGCUGGAAGAACAACUCAGAGAUACCGAAAUAAGAUGUGAAGAAAGACUUCAGGAUGAACAACGCCGUGCUAAAGACGCGUUAUUAAGACUUGAUCGCGAAAAAGAACUCCAAUUGGAAAACUAUAAGAUUCGAUUACAAUCGUCAGAAAUCGAAUCGAAUAAUCUCAGGGAAGAAGUGACUCGUCAAAGGGUUAGAAUUGAAAAAUUGGAGGAUGAACGUAGGGAAUUGUCGAAUAAACUUCAAGAUAUGAGAAAUGAUGUAAUUGUUACUAAGGAAAAAGAACAUACUUUUAAGGAGCAAGAAAGAAGGCAUUUGAAAGAUCAAGAAGCGCAAUCUCAAUUAAUCGAAGAAUUAUCGAGAGAGGUGGAAAGACUGAGAUCGGAAACGAGAACUCCUGCAUUACCGACAACAUCACCUGAAACUUUAAGACUGGAAGAAUUGCACGAAGAAAUGUCCGCGUUGCGAACGAAAAACUCUCAGUUGGAAGAGGCGAACGAAGAACUUCAAGCUAGUCUUUUGCACGCGAGCGUAGAACAGGGACGAUUAUUAACUAACACAGCAGCAGAAAAUAGUUUAGCUGCUGAAUUAGAAGCCAUGACUCAUGAUGAGAUUCAACAAGCUUUAAAAGAACAACAAGAUGUCAAUGCUCAAUUAAGGUCGUACAUCGAUGGAAUUUUAUUAAAUAUUGUAGAAAAUUAUCCUCAAUUAUUGGAAGUGAAACAUAAAUCUGCGUUAUAGCCGAAACGUUGUAUUCACGUUGUUCUGCACUUUGAGUGUUUUUUUUUAAUGAAACUUUCAAUAUAAUGGCGAAGAAGAAAUGUUUGGAAACGUUUUCGGCUCAGCAGCGGUCCGUCCAAGUUGUUGUGUGAUUAUUUCGAAGACUGUGAUUAUUUGAUGAUGACAAAACCAUUUUUUACUGUGUCGUAAUAAACGUGUAAAGUUAAUCUUGUUUGUGCAACGUUUCUUUGUUAAAUAACAACAGUUAUCGCCGAGCUAAAUUUAAAGAAUUGUAAUUUUAUUGUUUAUUUUGAAAAUGUUUAAGAAUGAUUAAUAUUUCUUCCUUUUUUUUAAACUAAUAAACUGUUAAUUUUUUACUAUCCAAAAUACUGAAAACUAAUUUAUGAAGUUUGAAUGUAGUCUAUAUCUCGAAUUCUAUUUUUGUAUUUACAAAAGAAUUAUUGUAAAUUAAUCAAAUUAAUUAAUCUUAUUAGUAUAUAAGGAAGUGUACAUACAGUUUAGUUUAUCUCUUAUUUACUUUAUUCUUUCAUAAAUUGCCAGUUUUAUUUUUUCCUUAUCAACAAAUGAGUAGUAGAGCGGCCUAUGUGAAUGUUGAAAUUGUGUACUUAGAGAAUGUUUAUAUACUUUUAAAUGAAAAGAAAUUUAUCUGUAUAGCAAUAAAAUUAUUUUAAUAAA